CCUCAUCUUUUUCAAUACAAAAUCGUUCGCUGAUCUCAACAGAAAUACUCAAAUGAGCAUCUCAUGAACUACAAAAUAAAAAUGGGAGAAACUCCAACGAACCUCCAGGUGGCGACGUCGACAGCGGCCUCUGACUUUGAGACGCGUUCGGCUGAGACGUCUUCCCGUUGGUUGGCACGAGGAAGGACGCUACGGUUGUCCGUACGCCUUGAACAAGGAUUAGCCCGGCCCUCGCCGCGGUCGAGCGUUUACGCACAGCAAUCUCCCACUUGGACAUCACCUCGGGUCUCAUGUGUCCAGAGCGUAGCCGACGCCCUCACUGAGCCAUCCUUCCCAUUGCCAACUUUUGUUACCGCCCGCCCUACCACACAAUCUGCGACACACAUUAUUCACAACCUCCUCGGCCAACCUGCAAUGUUUUCAAAUCUGCAGUCAAGACUAGGCAAAGCAGUGGAAGCGUCGCGGGAUGCCAUUGGCACACUUCAAACCACUCUCAACCAAACUGGCCUUGAUCCUUUAGGCGGGGUUGCGGCUCGGCUAAGACCAUCUUUGAGUCAAGCAGGUUCUUCCAGCACCAUUUUCACCUUUCCAGGUGUUGAUGAAGAUGGUUUUAAAGAACAGCCGCUGGAAGCACCGCGGACGGAAGCAAUUCCAACCGGAUCGGACACACAGGACCUCAUGCGCUUUUCUGAAGACCAAACUUCUGCUUCAGAAUCUGGACAAAGUAGUGGACGCCGCUCCACUGAGCAGAAUGUGAGAAACUCUCCUCGUCCAACUGCUGCUGCUCCUCCAGAUGCAAACGCCGAAGCUGCUGGUAUCUUCGCUCCACAAUCACAACCUGCACUCUCGUCGAUGACACCCGAAGAGGUUUUAAGCAUGGACGUCUCAGAAAUGGGCGAAAGGCUGCAGCGUCUGAGACGAUUCGAAGCGAAGUUUACAGAUGUCGCCAAACACUGCAAAAGACUCCAAGAGAGAUUUCAGCAGCUCAAUUCCAUAAUCAGCAACUACACUCCCAUUGGCAAAAUCACCACAGUUGCAGAUCUCGAGGCAUUUGACGUCUACAUGCGUUCCACUCGCGAAAAGCAAGAAAUCAGUAGUGCCGAAAUUGGGCGUCUGUCACGUCAAGUCAGUGAUAUCAAAGAAGUUCAGGAGUUGGAGGCUGCCACAAAAGCGGACAUGUUUGCUGCGCUGCAAAGCAAACUGCUGGAGCGUGAAGAGGAGAUUAACAGGCUCAAGCACGCGAUACAAAGGCGGGAGACACCACCAUCAAGUCCCAUGGUACAGAACCUCUCGACCCCAGCAACGCAGUCUAUUCCCAACAGUGAAGCAGCAACACCUCCUCUAGCUACCGAAACAACCUUGGCCUUAAAACUCAAAUUGCGCGAGGCAGCUGCGGCGCUGAAGAAAACGAAAGAUGAACGAGACAAAGCAAAUGAACGCUGUAAAGAGCUGAGCGAGUACCUUGCAAAGUAUGAAUCCGCUGAAUCAUCAAAUAGCAUAGAAGGGAGAAAUGGUAUAAAUGGAGCGGUGGACGAUAAGGAGAUAUCACUACUUCGUGACCAGAUGACAGAUGCAGAUCGGCGACGCGAGGAGGCUGAGCGUAUUGUAGAAGAACAUAAAGCUCGUCUGGCACAAUUGGAAUCUGAGCGACGGGAUCUGACAAAUAAAGUAUCAGCUUUGGAGAGCUCAGUGGAAGAGGCCACGAGCAAGGUCCAGGAGGCGUCGAGAGUAGCAGAGCAACGCUUGGAGACAUGUCAGGAGCAGGCCACGGAGAUAGAGACAAUGCGAACUGAAAAAGAACAUUUGCAACGGGAACUGGAGGAUGCCAACAAUCGACGACGGUUGGUAGAAGAGGAUGUGCAAAUCCUAAAAGACCAGAUACGCGAUUUGGAACAUAACGUACGCCAAGGACAAGAAGUAAUUGCAAAGCUGACGCAAGAGUCAAACUCAUUAGCGAAGGAGCAGGAAAAUUCGCGACAGCUUAGUGUAAGUGCAGAGACAGAACGCGAAACAAUACUGAAAGAGCGCGACAAUGCUUUACACGAGCGUGACCAAUUGGCCUCACAGCUCGCGGAUCUGGAGCGGACAAUUCAAGACCACAAGACCAAAGUGCUAAAGCUUGAGAAACAGUGCCAAGCGGCUGAUGGAUCCUCGGAGGAAACGCAACGGCAACUGGAGACGGUGAAGGAGCAGCUGAAGGCCGCCAACGAACGCAUAGAAGAGGCCCUUCGUGCACGUGACGAAGCAGUAGCAGAUUUGGAUGCUGAGAAGACCACUCGAGCCGAUGUCGCAGCGCAAGUAGAAAGGGAGAGAAGACAAUUAGAUGAGCAAAUCGGUGAUCUAUCGCGGCAAAUAACAGAAGCGAACAAGGCGCGUGACGAAAUGCUCGUGCGGGUUGAAGCGCUUGAUCAGGAGCUGAAGAGUUUACAAGGAAAUCUGGAGAAGGCGCAUAAUGAUCUCUACGGUGUGACGCAAGAGCGUGACAAGAGUGUCAAGCACGUGGCGGAAUUGGAAGCGCUAGUGUCUGAGCGGCAAGGGGAGAGCGAGCGCGUGCAAAAUCUGAUGAAGGCGAUGAGGGAAAAGCUUCAAAAGCGGAUCGGAGAUUUGGAACGGGAGAAGAAUGAAUUGCGUGAUGAAUUAGCGACAGCGCAAAGUGAGCGGGAGAAAGAUGCUGGUACUGGAGAAGAGAAAACCAAAGAUUCCCAAGCAGAAGAGGGAAUGCGCGUAAAGAAUGGACGGAUACGAGACUUGGAGGGGCAAAUCAGCGAACUGCAAAGUAAAUUAGAAUUUGCCGAAGAUCAGGUUGCGGACUCUGCUAAGAAGAAUGCGGUGUUACACAAAACAGUGGAGAACGUCCAGGAAGAGGUGAACCAGCUGAAAGACGAGCGAGACAAACUGAAUGGACAAUCCAGGAAGCUACUCGCAGAAUUGGACGAGGCACGUAAGGAAUUGAAGCAAAAUCGCGCGCAGGCCGACGAAUCCAAGCGAAGUGUUGAAGAAUUAAAGGCAUCUUUGGAAGCUGCCACCAUUGAACGCAAAAAGUUGCAAAAUGAGGUGGAGGCACUUAAUAAGCAGACUCAGCAGCUAGAAGAACUGAAAGCGUCGAAUGCCAACUUAAAGCAUCAGGUUGAGGCGGCUCAAUCGGACAGGGAUCGACUCGAAGCCGAGGUUGGGAACCAGAAGAAACUAGAAGAGUUGGAGGAAGCCAAACGAAAGGUUGAAGCCAACCUUACGAAUGCAGAGAAGAGGAUAGUUGAUAUGGAAGGCCAGUUAACAACCGUAAAAAAGCAAGCGAAUGAACGGGAGACUGAGCUGAGGCAACUUACAGCGCAGCUUGAAUCCAAAAAUCAUGCGCACAAUGCAAACCAGGUUCGAGCUGACGAGCUGGAAGAAGCGCUGGAAGCUGCACGAAAGAAAGAGUCGGAUAAUCAGGAGACGCUUCGAGCGGCCCAGGCACGCGUAGCAGAAUUGGAGACCCUGUCCGCGGCUGCACAACAGGCCAACGCGACGGGUGAGCAGGCAAUUCUGGCCGCACAAGCACGCGUCACUGAGCUAGAUCAAAGGUUGGAACACGCACUCGGACAGACGGGGGAUGCUGGGGCACAAGUGGCCGCUCUGAAUGAACAGCUUAUCGCUACUAAGGAAAGUCUGGAAGAAGGGGAACGACGAUUGGCUGAAAGCCAAAAGGUCAUAUCGUCUCUCGAAAGUGAAGUAGAAGCUCUUAAGAAGGAGAGGGAGGAGGCUUUGAGCACUGUGAAAGACCUGACAGAUCAAUCUUCAGACAAUGCUGCAGAUAUUCAAGAUUUGACCAAGGCGAACUCAUCGUUGUUGAAACAAUUGAACGAUGCGCGUGCGCGGGCUGACAAUCUUGUGGCAGCAGAAUCUCGCGCGCGACAAUUAGAUGCCGACAUGAAAGUUCUGACAGGGGUACGACGACAACUGGAACAGGCCAAGACAGAAGCUGAGCAACGCCUUCAUUCGUUGGAAGAAUCAUUGGCGCUAGCCAAACAAACCGUUCAUGAGCGAGAUGAUGCUAUUCACGAGAAGGAAGCGGAAGUGGCGUCUUUACGAUCUCAACUCAAGGAGGAGGAAGAGAAGAAGGCUAAAUCUAUUCAACUGCUGCGACAAUCCAAGGCGCGAAUUCUCAAGUUGGAGGCAGAAAUCAAGAGCAGAGACGAGACGGUGGUGCAAAUGCAGGGUGAAAUAAAAGAGUUAGGCGAGACACGAGAGCGAGAGCUUAAGGAAAAAGAGGCACAAUUGGCCAAUGUCACACGGCAAAUUGAGGAUAUGCAAGCUAGAAUGCGUAGGCAACAGGAAGCUGCUAGUGAUUUGGAACGCCAACAGCAGGACUUCUUGGCAGAAAAGGGGCAGAUAGAUUCGCGACUCGAACAGCUAAGUAAAGCUGAAGAAACCUUGAGAACUGAGCUGGAGCAUACCCGGGAAGAACUUGAAAUGCGUCAAGCUGAAUUGGAAAGCGCCCGGAGCAUGCUGGACGCACGGGAAGCGCAGCUUAAUGGUGAAAUGACGCGAUGGGCUGGAGUAGAGGAGCGAAUGGUCAAUAUGGAACAUGAACUCGAAACCUCCAAGCGACUGUUCCAAACAAAGUCCACUGAGAACGAUCAACUCCGCCUGAAGAUUUCUGAACUGGAAGCACAAGCCUAUGAAGCUAGCCAGACGUCCGGCAAGUAUCAGGGAGAUAUGGAUGCGUUGAAGAGAGAAGUGAGGGAUGCGAGGAGAGAGGCGGGAGAACGAGUGAAGGAGUUGAAGCGGCUUGAGCAAGAACUCGAAGCCAGUAAGAGGGAAGCUGUGGAAGCACAGGAGGCAUUGGAGGUGGUCAAGAGAAAGGAGGAGGAACGGACGGUGGAAUUUGCAGAUCUCGUAAAGAAGAUGAAAGAUGCAGAACUUCGGGAGCACGAGUGGAAGCAGAGCUUAGCCGCACAAGAGGCGCGCCUUGGGGAGCUACAAGCAGAAAUCAGCCAAUUACAAAAUGAAAAUCAGCAAGCUGUCUUCAAUCGAGAUAAACUUCUCGAGGAGAUGCGCGUGAGAGAGGUUCAGUUGAAAAAUCUGAACAAGACUUUAAAGGACGAAGUCCGUAAACUUUCCCGCACCGCGUCCAUAUCUAGUGGUAUGGGCAUGACACCCACAUCGGCUGGCCUGCAAUCUCCACCUCCCAUCAGCCGUCCCCCGUCGACGGGCAGUCUCAGUGGCCGACACUCCCAUCAUGGGUCCGUCAGUUCAAUCGCAUCUGACGAUGGGUCAGGCAGAAGAGAUUCAACGAUGGGCUCAAUAUUUCCACCUCGACGACCAUCCUCGCAAAACAACCCUAAUCCGAGAUCAAGUAUCGAAUCUACUGAUUCUGGGAAAUCAGCCGCGACGGGAAGCGCGCUACCAGAUCCAAAUCCAGAGUAUCUAAAAGCGGUGCUGCUAAAGUUUUUGGAGGCAAAGGAUAAGCGCUCCCAAUUGAUUCAGGUAUUAGCGAUGUUGUUACGGUUUACUCCGGAAGAAAUGAAAAGAGUGCAAAAGACAAUUUGACGUUGUCCGACACAUUUUUGGCUGGUGCUGGCUGAUAGGGGCAAAGGGGGUGAUUUACCACACGUAGGAGAUGGUUGGGGCAACCUCCUCAUUUUUUCUCAUUUUGUGCAUAGAUCAGGAUAUCUAUUCUCUUUCUUAUUGAAUUCUUUUUUUUUUUACAUUUCAUUGACAAGUUGUUGUUUUGACUCUCAGUUUAUGAUGUUUGACCGACCUUCAUUGGUAGUUUAUAUUUGGAGAUUUCGCAAAGCAAGCAAGCCCAUGACACUGAAUAGAAA